AUCUUAAAUUUGAAUGGCAAAAUGUGCAAAUAUCCCAUUAGUUGCUAUAUAUACAAUAAGGAGCAGAAUCCGAUGCAUGUGGGUUGCCCUAAAACUCACAUGUGAUUGAUUCCACCCAAAUAUUAGUCAUUGAACAGGAGUUUGGAUGGUUGUGAUAAAGUAGAAGAGAAUUUUGGAUUAGGUGCAGAUUGGCAAGUAUCAGGUAGCCACGAUGCCUGGAAGUGAGAGCAUCCAGCUAGAUUUUCCCCAUUACAGUUCUAUACUACUGGACACCUUGAACAAGCAGCGUUUGGAAGGAAAGUUCUGUGACUUGACGGUUCAGGUUCGAAGUCGAGUCUUUCAAGCUCAUAAAACAGUUUUGGCAGCUUCAUCUCCAUAUUUUCAUGACAAGCUACUCUUAAAUGACACCAGUUGUUUGGUGCUUCCAAGUGUCAUCCAGCCUGAUGCUUUUGAAAAUCUUUUGCAGCUCAUUUACUCUGGACGGCUUUGCUUGGACAUGGAGGCGUUGCCUUCCCAUCUUCUGGUGGCCAGUGGCUUGCAAAUGUGGCAAGUUGUAGAUCGAUGCUCUGAGCUGCUAAAAGAGAGAGAGAUGCAUCAUCCCCGGGCUUGGUCUAGCCGUGCAAGUGAAAGUCAGUCACCCAGUAGCAGUUUCCAGCCCCCGCGUGAUGAUCCCCCGCCUCCAUCAGUCUCUUUACCGGUAUCUCUCGGCUGCUCUGAUGAUGAAGAAGUGAUAAAGGUUCGUGUUUCAGAAGAGGAGGAGGAGGAGGAGGAAGAAGACGACACUCAGAAUGCAAAUCUUUUGGAAGAGUCUACUUCAGCUAACUGCUCUUAUGCUCUUCCUUCCUCCUCAUCCCCAGCAAGUCCAAAGGUAUAUUACAUUAAACAAGAGAGGCCAGAGCAAGAUAGUGGUUACAUACAGACAUUUAGCAUGACCGAGAUGCAGGCUGAUUAUUCAUCAGAACUAAGCUUUGUUCUUCCUCCUACGUCGUCCUCUUCUGAUGUUUCUCUCUGCUUGCCUCGUAAAAUACAUGGUGUGUCAGAUUCCCAGUCCUUUACUCUGUCAAAACCUGUGGACCUUCAUGGUAAUGAGAUCAUUUCCCAUGCCCUUCAGACCCAAACUGUCCAUGCGCCACUUAAACUUGUUGCAGCCCCUGAUGGGAAAAAAUUUGGCUGCUUGUGUGGCAAACGCUUUGCAGUGAAGCCCAAGCGGGACAGGCACAUCAUGCUGACCUUCAGUCUUAGACCAUUUGGUUGUUCUGUUUGCAAUAAGAAGUUCAAACUCAAGCACCAUCUUACCGAGCACAUGAAGACUCACGGAGGAAACCUGUAUUCAUGUGAAGACUGUGGGCGUAAAUUUAGGGUGCAGAGCUGUUUCCAGAAACACAAGGAGGUGUGCAAAGGACAGAGAUGGGCAGGGGCAUGUUGGACCUAUAAAUAAAAUUCAUUUCUUAUUACCCUUA